AUGUCCAACGCUAUCGUUCUUCCGGAGAAAUUCUCGUACGUGGCGGCGGCGGGCCUGUCCACCGUAUAUCUGUGUGUUUGGCAGACUUUCCGUGUUGGUCGCGCACGGAAGGCUUCAGGAAUCCAGUAUCCUCAAGUCUAUGCGGAGAAGGCUGAAGCCCAAGCCUCGAAAGCCGCACAAGUUUUCAAUUGCACACAGCGCGCUCAUCAGAAUACUCUUGAGGCGUUGCCCCUGGCCUUGACUAUGACCUUGAUCACGGGUCUCAAAUAUCCGGAAGUCGCCAGUGGCCUUUGUGCUACAUGGGUGUUCGGUCGUAUUUUCUAUACUAUCAACUACUCCAAGGGCGACGCGUCCAAGCGCGGUUCCGGAUUGGCGGCGUUGGGCUCGGUUUCCCUGUUGGGCCUUCUUGUCGCCUCUACGUGGACGGUCGGACAAUUUAUCAAAUCGAGUCUUUAG